AUGGGUGCUUACAGGUAUUUGGAAGAGCUAUGGAGGAAAAAGCAGUCAGAUGUCAUGAGAACCCUCCUCAGGGUCAGGACAUGGGAAUACAGGCAGUUGCCAGCCUUACACAGAGUAACAAAACCAACGAGGCCAGACAAGGCCAGAAGGCUAGGAUACAAGGCAAAACAAGGUUUUGUUAUAUUCAGAGUAAGAGUAAGACGUGGCGAUCGCAAGAAAAACGUCGCUAACGGAAUAGUAUACGGAAAACCAAAGCACCAGGGUAUCCGCAAGCAGAAGUCGAAGAGGAACCUGAGAAGCGUGGCAGAAGAAAGAGUAGGAAGACGCUGCGGAGGCCUGAGAGUGCUUAACAGCUACUGGGUGGGCCAGGAUGAAGUCUACAAGUUCUACGAAGUCAUACUGGUGGACCCAGCACACAACGCAGUGAGAAACAACCCGAGGUUGAACUACCUCUGCAAACCAGUACACAAACACAGAGAAAUGAGAGGACUGACCUCAGCAGGAAGAAAGGCACGCGGACUGCGCGUGAAGGGCCCGAAGGCAUCCAAGUCCAGACCUUCGGUGAGAGCCAACUGGAAGAGAAGGCAACUGCAAAUACUCUGGAGAAAGAGAUAA